CCGAGAUAAUGACAUACAUUGGCAUGGGCAUCAAUUUGGAUGAAAGAAGAAAUACUCAACGCGCUGAUGCCUACGAGCCUGCAUUCUGUACGUGGCGAAUACAUAACGGUGAAGUGGCUGUCAUUCAUCAGGACACCUUCUUGUUGGUUGGCUGACGUCGGUCAAUAGGCGUAGCUUCUUGGUUUCUUUUCUACAAAGACCGUUACUGACUGAACUACAAGAGCCGUAAGAUUUGGAGGGUUACGGUGGUCAGAAGAGCCGGGGCGGAGACGUUUUCGACGCCAAAAUUCAGUUGCAGGAAGAGUUUCAGAAAUGCGAUCACGCUUCAUUCGGAGACGGUGAUGGCAAGCAACAACAUGGAUGUCCGUUUGGAGGAACUUUUGCAGAACAGUUCUCUACUGGACAAGCUUAACUACACGGACCUUCUCUACCACCAGUAUUUCGACCUUGCCGAGUACGUACUGUCCACAAGAUCCCAAAUCGCCAUUGUCGUAGUGUACUCAGUGGCGAUUCUCCUGUCUUUAAUAGGAAACAUACUGGUCGUUAUGGUCAUGGCUAAGAACUUGAGCAAGGGGACAAAACUGAGGACUUUCCUCAUCAACCUAGCCGUCGCGGACUUGGUGAUGGCCGUUUUCUGCAUGCCGUUUACAUUUACGGACGUGAUGCUUCAACAGUGGCUGUUCGGUAGCGUCAUGUGUCCGCUGGUUCGAUUUUUCCAAGUCCUGUCCGUGUCCGUCAGUAUCUUCACGUUGGUGGCGAUCGGAGUGGACCGGUACCAGGCUGUGAUGUACCCGCUGCGGAUGCGGAUGAGCAAAUCUCGGGCCAAACAAGUCGUGGCAAUCAUCUGGAUCAUGUCCUUCGCAUUGGCCGCCGUGCAGCUUGCAGUUUGCCGGGUGUAUCAGACCACGUUUGACAGUAUACUAUAG